UUGUUAUAAAAACUCAAGACUGAAUAAACAACAGCACAGUCAUUAAACGGCCACUAAUCUGAAAAAACAAAAAUCUAAAGAAACAAUAUGAAGGUCUACAUUACUUUAGCUGUUGUUUGCUUAAUUGCCAGUGCUGUUGCACACCACGAAUUGACUGAGGAGGAGAAAGCUAAGAUCAAGGUUCACUUCCAGGAAUGUGUUAAACAGGAAAAUGUCUCUGAAGAAGAUGCCACCAAAUUGCGCAACAAGGAUUUCGCUAAUGCCACACCCGGCAUGAAAUGUUUCGGUGCUUGCUUCUUUGAAAAGGUGGGCAUUUUGAAGGAUAGCGUUGUACAAGAAGAUGUGGUUUUGGCCAAAUUGGUGCCCCACUAUGGCGAGGAAAAUGUGAAGAAAGUUUUGGAGAAAUGCAAGAACGAAAAGGGUGCCGAUCGUUGUGAAACCGGUUUCAAAAUCUACGAAUGCGUCGAAAAAGCCAAGGCUGAAUUGGGUCAUUAAAUUUUGACUGAAGACUUUGAGGAGAAAAGUAUUAAAUGAAGAAGAUAUUUGUAAAUAAAGAAAAAAAUUAAACAAAGUUAA